UUCCUUUCUAUUGUACUAGGACAAUGUUUAUCACUACUAAUUUGUGGUACGGCUGUUACUUCAGGGUUAUUGCAAAGCAUGUCUGUAAAUGUUCCAACAGCACAGAGUCUGGCAUGUUUUUGUUGUCUCACUUUGAUAUUUAACAUAUGGAAUAUCAAACUUGUUGGUUUGGCCGGCUAUAAUGAUAUUUUCAGAAAUAGGACCUUAAAGUACAUGUUCCUUGGUAUUUUAGAAGUCGAAGCUAAUUAUUUUAUCAUAAAGGCCUAUCAUUAUACUUCAGUUACGAGUGUUCAGAUAUUAGAUUGCUUAACAACUCCAACUGUAUUGCUCCUUUCUAAAGUUAUUCUGAAGAGGAGUUUCAAAUGGUCGAAUUAUUUAGGGGUUGUUAUUUGCCUCGUUGGAGCUGGAUUACUUGUUUUAUCAGAUGUUUUAACAGGCAAUCAUGAAAAAUCCGAACUAUCUUAUAAUUUAUCUCAAAGCUGGAAAGGGAAUUUGUUAUGCAUUUUAGGUGCUGUAUUGUAUGGUGUAUCUAAUAUAUGUCAAGAAGCUAUUGUAUGUAAACAUGGGAGUAUCGAAUAUCUGGCAAUGAUCAGUUAUUUUGCCAGCAUAGUCAGUGGAGUUCAAUUUGCUGUCUUCGAAAGACAUGACUUUUUGAAGGUUGAUUUUUCGCUCUUGUUUAUUAGUCUUCCUUUUGCCUUUUUUGCAUUAUGCUUAGUUGUAUUUUAUUCGUUGAUGUCUUAUGCUAUCCAUAAAACAUCAGCAAUAUCAGUGAAUUUGAACUUGUUGUCCUCUGAUUUUUUUUCACUGCUAGCUGGAAUUUUUCUUUUUCAUUAUAAAUUUCAUCCUUUGUAUUUUGCAUCAUUCUCUCUAAUAAUUUUUGGUGUUGUAAUGUACAAUCUGCAAUCGGUAAAAUCUCAUUACGAAGAAGAAGCAGCGUCAAUGUCAGCUGUCGUGACAAAAGAAGCUAAUGAAAUUGUGUUGGAAGAAACAAACUGA